AGUUCACUGGCUCGCGAAUCGGUAAAGUAUCACACUCGGAGCAAAAUGGAUAUAGGAAUACAAGGAUUUUUUAAAAAUAAGACCGUUUUUCUAACGGGUUGCACAGGAUUUUUGGGAAAAGUGGUAACCGAGAAACUACUGAGAACUACAGAGGUUACUCGGAUUUAUUCCCUGAUUAGACCCAAGCGGGGAGUGCCCAUCAAAGAACGUAUCAUAACCUGGGAAAAGGAUCCGGUGUUCGAGGUGCUUCUAAGGACGAAGCCAGAUGCCCUGCAGCGGGUGUGCCCCAUCGCAGGAGAUUGUCUCGAACCCGAUUUGGGUAUCAGCGAACAUGAUCGAAGGAUCCUGGCCGCCGAGGUGCAUGUUGUAAUCCAUGGAGCUGCCACCGUGCGAUUCGACGAGGCCCUGCACUUAGCCGUGGCUAUUAAUGUUCGGGCUACCCGUCUAAUGCUGCAGUUGGCCAAGCAGAUGACCAACCUGGUUUCCUAUGUUCACGUAUCCACUGCCUACUCCAACUGCGUAAUUAAUGACAUCGCAGAGCGCUUCUAUCCGGAGCACUUGAACUGUGGUUCGGAUAAUAUCCUGGCCCUGGGCGAUCUGGUAUCCAACGAGUUGCUGGACAAAAUUACCCCUGCCCUGGUGGGGUCCUUUCCCAACACCUAUACGUACACCAAGGCUUUGGCAGAGGACGUGAUCCUGCGAGAGGCGGGCAAUCUGCCCCUGUGCAUCUUCCGGCCGGCGAUCAUUAUGUCCACCUACAAGGAACCUCUGAAUGGGUGGGUGGACAAUCUGUUUGGACCUAUGGCCCUUUGCUUUGGAGGAGCUCGCGGCAUAAUGCGGGUCACCACAGUGGACUGCGAUGCCAAGAUCGGUGUAGUGCCAGCUGAUUAUUGCGUCAAUGUUGCUUUGGCCUGUGCCUGGAGAACGGCGGAGAAAUCGGUCAAAAAUGGAAAAGUCAUGAAGCCCCCCAUUUACGCCUUUGCGCCCAGCGAGAAUAAUCUUAUAAGCAAUGGCAGAUUCAUCAAUACAUCGGUUAAGUACCGCGACAUAAUUCCGCUGACCAAGAUGUUGUGGUAUCCAUUUGUCCUCUGCAUUUCCAAAUCAUCUCUCUUUCCGCUGGCUGCCUUCUUCCUUCACACUCUUCCGGGUUAUUUCUUCGAUAUGUUGCUGCGUCUCAAGGGCCGGAAGCCCAUUUUAGUGAAUCUCUAUCGCAAGAUUCACAAGAACAUCGCUGUCCUGGGUCCCUUUUCCAGCACCACUUGGAACUUUGACACGUCCAACACGAAGGAACUGAGGCAAGCCAUGUCCAAGGAGGACCUUAAACUGUUCGACUUCGACAUGGAGCGUCUGGAUUGGGACGAUUACUUCAAGGUGGCCAUGUACGGAGUACGACUGUAUAUUGGAAAGGAGCAGCCUACCGCUGACUCCAUCGCCAAGGGUCUUAAGCUAGGAAAGCGCCUUAAAGUCAUACACUACGCAUUCGUAUCCUCGUUGAUUUCCGUUACUGGUUACGUCCUAUGGUCUCUAGCCAAACUCUUAGUUUAACAUCCCCAUAGGUUAUAUUAACUGGUUUUGGAAUUCUGAGCUGUCUAAACAUUUUAUGCUUGAAAUUAACGAGGAAAUAAAAUAAACUACAAAUGAACACA